GAUUCCAGAUGUGCGCGGGUCGAGUCUUCUGAGCCACAGCCUCUGAACAUCGCAGAGUGAAACACGAUGUCUACUGAACUGCAUGUACCACCAAGACCAAGAGACACUAAUGGAUCUGUACAAACCACCACUACAGGAGGAGCCAAACCACUGCACCGCUUCAUCAAAGGACAACCAAAGAUAGUUGGGAUAAUUGUGCUUGUUUUGGGAACAUCUAUUUUCACUGUUACUGCUGUGGUUGUAGAAGACAGAGACGUGCACUACAUAUCGACAGUCAUCCCACCUGGAUUUCUACAAGGAACACUGUACAUCAUAUGUGGAGUUCUGUAUAUAUUAACAGAGCACUACCCAACAAAGAAAACAGUUACCAUCUCCUUGGCAUUGAGUAUUGUGACCUUACUUGGGACUUUGUGGACAAUUCUGCAUAUCCUACCUGAUCUUGCGCAUAUGCAGUAUGUCAGACACUAUGAAUAUAUGGAAGAAAAUGUCACAGAAUCUGAUUAUUUUACAUCGUUACAAUAUGAGAACAUGGGGAGGAGUUUGGAAGUAAUUCUUCUCAUCAAGUUCUUAAUGGGAGGAAUCAUUUUUGUUGUCAUGUCCACUCUGGGAGGUAUUGCCUUGCGUUCUACCAACAGUCAGGCCAUUGUAGUGAUGACCACUGCACAGACAGAACCCACUGCGGAAUAGAAGCCAGUCAUUGAGAAUAAAUCCACCAUGAAUAAGUGUUGUAUGUAAUUUGAAGUCCCCUUAUAGUCUUCACUCCAGCAAUGAACUAUGUGUUUGAAUAAUAAUUAUAAGCACACACUUUUAAUCAUUUAUUUUAAUGAUAAUAAAGACACCAUAUACAUCAUAUUUAUUACAACAUUUAAUAAAGUUUUUUUUAUUG